CACAUAUUGCUACCAAAUCUAACUGGUAUGAAAUACAGGCCUGAUAUAUGUUAGCCAGACUGGUAAAAACGUCAUUGCGUGAUAGCAAAAUAAUAACACUAUUGAAUAUUUUACCCCUCCCUAGCAAGAUUGAAGGUGAAAAAUUUGUAAACAUGGCUGAUUUGUGUUCAUCAAUCCACGUUCCGGCUUCAGCUCCUAAAAACGACGAUUUCCCGGUGGUUUCUUUGCGAGUUCGACUUGUGGUGAAGAGCAUCAAAGAAGAAAAAGUAUUGCUGGAGAAAUGUAAGCGAGAUGGGGACUGGCAUCUCCCCGAUGUUUGUGUGAAAGAAGGCGAAAUGCUCGUCACAGCAAUUGAUCGAUGGUUCCUGUUUCAUUCUCAGCUGAACCUCAGCAGCAUAAAAAACCAGGGGAUCUUGACAAUCCAAAGAGAUUCAACAAGAAACAGAAAACUCUCUUUUGUUUUCUUGGUAACCUACCAUGACAAUGACAAUUAUUCUCUGGAUGAGACCAAGAAGACUGAUAACUAUGAGGUUGGUAUGCCUGGUGGUCAUGUGACUGGUACAAGUACCAGUGGCAAAAAAGGGCAUCCUUGUGAGCUGCCUGAUGGUCACAUGACUGGUAAAACAAGUAACAAUGGCAAGGAAGAGCAUUCAUGUGAGCUGUGUAGUGGACGAAGGGAGAAGGCCAGCUUGAACUGGUUUACUUUGAGGGAUAUCAUUGAGAGUGAACAGGAGGUUCAUCAUGAAUACAGGCAUCUGAUCUACAAAGCUUUGGAAACAGAGCCACAAACAAUCCCUCUGGGUUUUCUUGAAGAAGUGAUGCCAGAGAAAACCAACCGAAAACCUCCAGAAAAACAGCCUGCUCCCAUUCAUCAGCGACUGACUUCAGUUAUCAGAAAGAAUCCUUUGUCUUUAGAGCAUUGUGAGCGCAAGCCUCGCUCUUCUACAACAUUGAUGGCUAUUUCUGAGGAGACAAUGAAAAACCACCAAGAGAAUGAAAUCCUAUCUAGUGUAGAAGAGAGCUCUUAUCGCAAGCUAGUUGAUGCUGCACAUUUUGGUAAACUUGAGCAAGAGUUUAUCAGAAAAGUGUUCCACAAGUAUGUCAGUCCUGAUGCGUCAGGCUUAAAUUGUGAGCAGUUUACUUCACUGAUGUCAGAACUUGGUAUAGCACCUCAAAAGGCUACCGACUUCUUCAGGGCAUUUGACACUGAGAAGGAAGGCUCAGUGAACUACAAGAGGAUACUUCAUGGCCUAGCAGCUAUGGAACCAAUCACUCCCCAUGGAGGGCCUUCAGGAGAGCUGCGAUGCCGCUACAUAUUUUAUUACUAUAACAAGGAAAAGCCUGGGCUGUUGAACUAUAAUGAGUUUAGGUCCCUGGUUAGAGACAUUCGCCUGGCUAAAGGAAAGAGCAUUUCAGAUAAAGAUGUGGACGAGGAAGCAAGAAAUAGUGCUACUUUGUUUGGUGAUGAAGUGAAAGAUGCCUUGCCUCUGGUUGACUUCCUUGAGUCUGUUGGGAGCCUAAAAUUCCGUGGUACUUCCACUUUAUUCCGUCUACCUCAAUCUAUCGUCAAGCUCGCACAAGAGGAUCUUUUCAAGGGUUUGGUCGGCAGUGAGUCUAAUGAUGGUGCAGUCAAAUGGGGCAAAAAGCGAAAGAGUGUUAGCAGCGAAUUCGAAGAGACUUGCAUGGACUUGGUUGAUAAGGGAUUUCCUACUGAUGUUAUGCAGAAACCGUCAUACGACCUUGCCAUUCACUCCGUCAAAGUUAGACGCAGUGGCAUGCUGAGUGACGUGAGUGCAUUAUGGGACAUGCGCGAUACCGAGGCUAUCAGUGGUAGCACAGCGGUUCAUCUAGAAGGGAAGAGGUACAACAUAGCUAGGAUGCCCUCUGUCAACACGUUCAACAAGCAAUCGGACGCAAAUCAGAUGCUUGCCGCCUUGCGCUACUUUGAACGUCCCAUUAAGUCUAGCGCAGCCACCAAGCUGGGGGCUGGUAAGGAGGGCUUCGCGUGGGGCGUGGUCGAAAUGGGGGCGCUGGCCAACUGCCUGUUGUCGGUGUGCCGCAGCCUAAGGGAGGUCGUGAUGGAGGAACCAAGAAUGCUUCGAGUGCAGUCUCCUGUCUACGUUCUAGGGGAUCUGCAUGGGAACUUCCGUGAUCUCGUGUGCUUCGAGAAGUUAUUAUGGCGGAUGGGCCCAGUCCUUACUCCGUCAAACUUCCUCUUCCUUGGUGACUACGUUGACCGCGGGGAGAAUGGGGUCGAGGUCGUCGCGUACCUCUUCUCUCAGAAGCUGCUGGCGCCCACGAAGUUCUUCCUUAUUCGCGGGAACCACGAGUACAGAACAAUCCAAAAGCUAUUCACAUUCAAACGGGAGUGUCACGCCAAGUUUGGUGACGAGGUGGGACAGGAAGUGUGGAAAGCAAUCAACUCUGUGUUUGACGUCCUUCCACUCGCUGCAACCAUUGACGAUAAGGUGUUCUGUGUUCAUGGCGGUAUUCCUAUGCCUUCCCAUGGCAGCGGACUCCUCAAGGCCAUUGACGAAGUCCCAGUUCUCUUAGAUGAACCCGAGAAACAAAAUGAGCUGGCCUGGGAGCUAAUGUGGGGUGACCCCUUGAGGGGACAGGAUACAACACCAGAACUGGAAAAAGAAAUGUCCGAACAUGAUGGCUUUGUGCACAACAAGCGUCGCGGGACAGCACAUGUCUUCAGUGCGCAUGCGCUGGACGCAUUCCUCGAGAGGAAUGAUCUUUCUCACGUGAUCAGAGCACACGAAGUGCAGCAAGCCGGCUUCCAGGUACAGCAAAACGGAAGACUGCUGACCGUGUUUUCGUCAUCCGGGUAUUGUGGUGGAGCUAACGAGGCAGCCUGCAUCCUUGCCGAUCGUAGCAGACUGCGCACAAUCCGUCUGGACACCAGCUGACCAGGGGCUGAAGGCGCUAGUUACAAGAUGGUUCACUAAAUACCCUGCUACUAGGAAAUGAAUGUUGGGUUGAAAACAAAAUAAAACUUUCCGAUACUUUGCUAUCAUUCCUGCAAGGCCAAACACUUUAGAUCGCUCGUUCGCUUGCUCAAAGAAACUUGUUUGCAACAUAUCGUUUGCAUUAACGUUUCACAUUUGUUGCGUUUUCCAAAUCGACUGGCUACAGUUUAAAUCGCGCCACAAGAACACCCAUUUUCGGGAUACCGGAUCAACGAACUCUUGAACAUCGAUAUUAUGAUAUAUAUUUAUGCUCUUUUGGUUCUAAUACAUAAUGCCAAAUGGAAGGUGAGGUAUCGAAAAACUCCACGAGCCUCUUCAUAUUUCUGCUGGGUGCCCGAAAAUAUAGAUUAACCUUGCGACAAGUUUACUUAUCUUUAUUCUUAUUACACAUUGAAAAAAUAGGUAGGCAGUUGGUCUUAGAACUAUCAUUCGAUGUCAUUCGGCCGUUGCACUGUAUCUUGAAAUAGGUCUAACACAUUAACUUGACCAUCAGGCACGUUUGCAUAUGACACCUUACACUGCGCACACCCUCAGGUCACGCGCCAUCGUGUUCUAUUUCCACUCUGUUGGAUCAGUUCUUAUGGCAAAACCUGUGCUUGGACUUAAACUCCGUAUUAGAUUUUCAUUGAUCUUUUAUUGAACCAGUGGAUUAUAAGUGGUAUGGGAGCAAUCGUCUAUAAUAUUAUUGUUCUGUUUCCAUCAUCCGUCAGUUUAGUUUUUUAGCCAAAAGAAUUGCAAGCUAGAAUUCAAAGUCAUAUGGACAUUGGUGUAUGGAUUUAUAUUGAGGAAGAAAAUAAUUAAAUGCUCCCUUCCCGGC